CCUGUGGCAGUGUGUUCCCGGAGCAGAGACAGUGUGUCCCCGGAGCUGUGGCAGUGUGUUCCCGGAGCAGAGACAGAGUGUUCCCGGAGCUGUGGCUGUGUGUUCCCGGAACAGAGACAGAGUGUCCCCGGACCUGUGGCAGUGUGUUCCCGGAGCAGAGACAGAGUGUUCCCGGACCUGUGGCUGUGUGUUCCCGGAGCAGCAGAGAGAGCCCCGGGGCUGCAGGCCUGAAGCGGCAGUAUGUGUGUACGGCGAUUUGUGCUGCUUCUGAGCGCCCUGGACCUGGUGGUGAUGACCGGGGCACUGUCUACUUGCACCACGCUGGACACUGAGCACAUCAAGAGGAAGCGGGUGGAGGCGAUCAGGGGCCAGAUCCUCAGUAAACUGAGACUGACCAGUCCCCCGGAGGAUCCGAGUCCAGCAGAGGUACCACCCCAAGUGCUGGCCAUGUAUAACAGCACCCGGGAGUUACUGCAGGAGCUGGCCAGGGACAGGCAGCAAGGCUGUGUCACCCACAACACCGACUUCGAGUACUAUGCAAAGGAACUGUACAAGUUUGAUAUGAUCCAGGGCCCUGCUGUGGACA